GAGUCUGGCUUUCCGUGUUGCGAUUGCGAUGAGAGACACACACGGUGAAGGCUUCAAUCACACAGCUCCCACACACCGUCUCCUGGCUGCUGGUACCGAAACCUGAACAAGACGUCUGGCGGGCGGGGAAACAACCACCGGACCGGACUGCUGCUGGCUGCUGCUGCCGCCCCGGGGAGCAGGAGAGAAGCAUCAAUGCCUCCAGGUUCCCUGUCACAUAUCGGCCUGGACCUGUUCUCGUCAUCGGGCCUCCUGCGCUGAGAUAAUGAAAGGAUGGCCGAGCGGCGAUGCGGGGACCACGGAAGGCUGACGGAUGCUGCUGCAGCGACUCACCGGGAUGAGCAGCAGCAUCACAACACGAUGAAUUUAACGGAGGAAGCAGGAGCAGAGGGUCUCUCUUUGGAGGAGAUACUGAGGCUUUAUGGACAGCCCAUCAACGAGGAGCAGGCUUGGGCGGUGUGUUACCAGUGCUGCAGGACGCUGGCGAAGGGACACCGGGGCUGGAGAGGCUCCUCUGCCGCCGCCGGAGCAUCAUCGGCCGCCGCUCCGAGGAGGAUCUCCGGACCGGCGGAUGUUUGCAUACAGAGAGACGGAUCUGUGAGGGUGGAACACCAGCGCUGUGAAGGUAAAUACAGCCCUUGCACAACAACAGAGGUGAUUGAGUCUCUGGGCAUCAUGAUCUACAAGGCUCUGGAUUAUGGACUAAAGGAGAAUGAGGAGAGGGAGCUCAGCCCUCCUCUGGAGGAGCUCAUUGACCUCAUGACCAACAUGGCUGAGGCUGAGAGGGACACCUGCCCCGACGAAGGCUACGAGGCCACAGAGGAGGAGGACGAGGCAGAGGAUGACCCUGACAACAUUUCCAGUGUUCAUGGCUACAGAGACAUCCUCAAGCUGUGCACAACUCAUCUACCCAGUCUAUCGGACGCCUCCAGUCACUACCAGGCAGUGUGUCGGGCUCUGUACACCGAAACCAGGGAGCUACACACUUUCCUGGAGAAGAUCAAGAGUGCCAAAGAGAACCUCCGUAAGAUGGAGGAAGAGUCAUCAGAAGAGCCUGGCCGAGACCUGAAUGAGCUACAGAAUGCUGACUGGGCUCGAUUCUGGGUUCAGGUGAUGAGGGACCUGCGUGAAGGAGUCAAGCUGAAGAAGGUGCAGGAGCGUCAGUACAACCCUCUGCCUAUCGAGUACCAGCUCACCCCCUAUGAGAUGCUCAUGGACGACAUCAGGUCCAAACGCUACAAACUGCGCAAAGUCAUGGUAAAUGGAGACAUCCCACCCAGGUUAAAGAAGAGUGCUCAUGAAGUCAUUCUGGAGUUCAUUAGGUCCAGACCACCUCUCAAUCCUGUGUCAGCCCGGAAGCUGAAGCCACAGACUCAGCCUCCUCCGACACUGCAUGAGCGCAUCCUGGAGGAAAUCAAAGCAGAGAGGAAACUUCGACCAGUGUCGCCUGGGGAAGUCCGCAGGGGAAGGCUGGUAAUUCGGCCACUUAGCAUGUCUUUCAGUUUUGAUGCGUCAGAUGAGUUUAGUCCGUACAUGGGCAGGAGGACAUCCAGCUCUCUGUCUCUGGCCAAUGGAUCAGCGUCUCCCAGGGUAGAACCCGCUGGUUCUCAGUCUGCUCCUCAGAGGAAGAGGCUCCUGAAGGCUCCCAGCCUCGCAGAGCUGGACAGCUCAGACUCUGAUGAUGAGAUUGUUGGGCACAGAUCAGCCAGCAGCUCCAGUGUGGCUACAUCUUUCAUGGAUGAUACAUCCCCGGAGUCUGCACUUGGGAAGAAAACUCCACACAUGUUCCUGCCCAUUUCCUCUACACCACAGCCAGAGAGACGUCAGACACCCCAGAGGAGACACUCCAUCGAGAAGGAAACCCCGACCAAUGUCCGACAGUUUCAGCCACCCUCCAAACAGAGCUCCAAGUCUCUGGAGGAGUUCUGUUUCCCUGUGGAGUGCCUGUCUCUUACGGUGGAGGAGGUGAUGCACAUCAGACAGGUGCUGGUGAAGGCAGAGCUGGAGAAGUUCCAGCAGUACAAAGACAUCUACAACGCUAUGAAGAAGGGAAAGCUUUGCUUCUGUUGUCGAACUAAAAGGUUCUCCUUUUUCACCUGGUCCUACGUCUGCCAGUUUUGCAAAAAGCCUGUGUGUUCACAGUGCUGCAAAAAGAUGCGGCUGCCAUCCAAGCCUUACUCUAGCUUGCCCAUCUACUCCAUUGGCUCGACAAACACUCUCCCCAGGGAGAGGGUAAGUGCUAUGGCUGCUGUAGGACAAGCACUCUCUGUGGCUGGAGGAGCAGUGGGAGGAGCCACAGCACCCCCCGCUUUGAAAGGACCAACAACAGGAGCAACUAAAGGAGCUGGAAAAGCCUCAGGAGCAGCAACUGCUGCUAAGUCUGAGAAAUCUUCCAGUAGCCCACAACGCCACGGCAUUCACAAGACCAUGUCCAAGUUUUCCAAGCACGGCUCUUUGAAAUCCCACGAAGAACUGGAGCUUCCCCCAGAACUGACAGAGGACUGGGCCACCAUGGAGGUGUGUGUGGACUGCAAGAAGUUCAUCACUGACAUUAUUGCGUCCAGCAAGCACAGCCUGUCACUGGCCACCAAGAGAGCUCGCCUAAAACGCAAGACUCAGUCCUUCUACUUGUCCUCCCCUAAAGGAAGGGAGGAGUACCGGCCCUCUGAACGAACAAUCAAGGAGAUCUAAAGCUCUUCAUCUCUCUCUCUCUUUGGCUGCUUCCAACUGCAAUGGCACAAUUAUAAAGACUGAACACUGGAUAUUAUCUUACUGUACAUGUGUACUUCAGUCAGAUAAAGCCAUUAGAAUGGCUGAUAUGAACUUCAGUGUAGGUGCUGUUGCUCUCUCCUGAUCAUUGUGUACAGAUUGUUCAGACAACAACCUCCUGUAGAGUUGCCGAUGUUUUUUUUUUGUUUUUUUUAUCAUAUCAUAGAUGAUCCUUUAUUCUCCGGCCGCAGUGUUUAAGAAAACAGAUAAGAACUGCUGUGAUGGCCAGUGGCAAUGCCUCGAAGUGGAAUGACGCCCCUCUCCUCUGAUGGCACAACAGCAUCGUCCAACCCAACUCACACUCAAAUCAAUAAGCACAAGAAUGAUUGAUGUGUGUUUGACCUCCUCAGGCACUGACACUGCAGAAGACACAAGUCCUGCAGAGAGACUGUGCUGUAAACCGAGAGUGACACUCAAGGAAAUAUGGAAUAUUAAACUGUACAUUUUGUAUGAGUUUCAACUGAGUUUUUUACAUGUGUGCACAGUAAAUGAUUGUUCAAUGAAAAGUCACCCUUUGUUUUUAAUCAGCAAAAUAAUUUGCUGAUGAUGCUCAGUGAAACUGUCCCCACUUCCGUCUUCUCUAAGGAUACUUGAAAGCACGGUUCUGCUUUUAUUGAGAAGGCAUGUCAGUUUUUACGUCACAUUUAGGUUACAUCUUCUGUUCUUACGCAGAUUUCGUGCCAAAUAAUAACCACAUUCUAAUCUGUAUGUCAUGUCAAGAAAAGUCUUGUAGCAUAAGUGAUCCCUGCUCAUUAAAACACGGUUUUAAAUCUAAAUAUCAAGCAUUUAGAGUGUAACAAUCAGCUGAGCUGCUUUAUCAGUACUGGGUGAUUAUGAUUGGAUAAACAGUGGUUGAUUAUAGUAUUGUACUCCCAUACACUAAGAGGACUUACAAGAGACAGAAGAAGAGUGGUCUAAUUGAAGCUGCAAAUACUUUUUAUGGUCUUCAUACGGAUCAAGCUCAAAAAAUGUGAUAGCAACAAAAAUACAUAAAUCUUUCAACCAAAACCAUUCUAACUUUGACAGAAAAUGUCAAAGUUAGUUGCUGGACUGAAUCCCUUAUAGUGACAAGCUAUAAACAAACAUGUUAGAGCCUUUAAGCACAUUUCUUAAUCAUACAUUCACGCUGCAUAGUCAUCUGCAACCUGUGUUUAAGAUUACUCAGAUGUGCACUCAGACAGGCAUACAAACAUUAUUACCUGCAGUACCAUGUGUAAGGUUUUCAAAUUUGCCUUUUAAUAAUUUACAGGAAAUAUUUACAUAUUUUUACAUUUUGAAAUACCUUUAAAUUAAUGCGUUGUUAAAUAUAUAGCAGAUUUUAAAUCCUUCACUUUUCU